AUGGUGAAAAAGUAUUAUUGCGAUUAUUGUGAUCGUUCCUUGACUGACAAUGCUGAAAACAGAAAAAAACAUCUCGAGGGUACUCAACAUCAAAUUAAUGUAAAACUUCACUAUGAUUUAUAUAAAGAUGAUGGAUAUUGUCCGUACGGUUUGAGCUGUAAAUACUCGCACGUUCCAAAGGGAAUAGAUUUUACGUUCAUUGAUCCAUAUUAUUAUUUGGCACUUAACCCACAUAUCUUGCAAUCGAAUAAAUUUACCACACAAGAGCAAUGGAAGCAGCCAACUGUACAAACUUUCAAGUAUAAAUUGCCACCGGGGUUGACAAAAGAUUUGCCGUCUUCCUUAAGACCACCUCCGCCAACCGGUUACGAUUUUUUUAAUGCUGCACAAUGGGAAUCGCAAAGUCCAAAGGAAACAAAUUUACGUGAAGACCUUCCACCUGAUCCGGAUAUAACACCUGGUGAUGUUGGACCCUAUGGAGACGGGGCACGUCGCGUAAAAGUUAAAUCGAAAACUGGUGAUGAAACCGAGGGUUAUAUCAUGGCUGGUGGAAAUGAGGAAGACAAACCUGGAACAGGUGGUAGGGGAAGACGUGGAAAAGGUGGUAGAAACUUAAGAGGUCCAGGUGUCGGUGGAUGGUUGUAUGAAACACAAAAAGAAAAAUGA